AUGUCUUUGGUAAACACCCCACCGAAAGCCUUCAAGAUUGGAUCAUACCAAAAAAAACACAGGGAUAAAUCUGAUCUCUAUGUCAUCUGUUUACAAGAAAUAGAUGAUACGCCAGAAGCUUAUAUACGAUACACCCCUCAACGGGAGAAUUUUUGGUGUGAAGUGGCACAAAAGUCCAUUGAGUCUACAGGGAUACAGAAGGUGAUCAAGGUUUCCAGUCAGCAGCUUGUUGGCCUGUUGAUCAUUGCGUACGUAGAUGAAAGCAUUGCCCAAGACAUUUCUAAUGUUUCAAGCACCUAUCUCGGCACGGGAACAUUAGGGAUGGGUAACAAGGGUGCGACGGCGGUUCGUCUUAAAGUCUGUGACACUUAUUUGACCUUGAUCAACAGUCAUCUGGCUGCUUUCCAAGAGCAAUAUGAGGCCAGAAAUCGGGACUAUCUGGAGAUCUGUCGAAGAAUUACUUUUCCCACCCGUCCUGGUCCGCCACGAUCAAUGGUUUCAAUUCCACAGUUGAGGUUCGGAGGUGAAGGCCCCACUGCACCAUCGCCCAAUGCAGAUAUCUUCCGGACAGGGCACUUAAUUUGGGCCGGUGAUCUCAACUACCGCUUGAACACCACAUACGCAGAAGCAAAGGCUUUGGCCGAAAGCCCAUCAAUUGACGAUUGUAGUACCCUGUUAUCAUUCGACCAACUCAAGCAACAGAUUGAAGCUGGAAAGGCAUUUCAUCAGUUUCAGGAAGGUAGCAUUGAGUUCAAACCAACCUACAAGUUCGAUGUUGGAACAAAUAAUUUUGACACUAGUGAAAAGCAGCGGAUACCUGCUUACACGGAUAGGAUUUUAUAUUUACCGGGAAGAGUGAAUGACAUUCAGAUUCUCUCGUAUGACAGUUAUCCGUCGAUCACUUUGAGUGAUCACAAACCAGUGGCCUCGACCUUAACGAUGAAGAUCUACACGAUCCUGAAAGAGAAGAGGGAUAAGAUGCAAAAUGAAUUAUUACGAGAGUUGGAUGGAUUGGAAAACGAGGCGUUGCCGGACCUCAAAGUCACACCCGAAGGGAUCGAAUUCAACUUCCUCAACACGUCUUCUGAAGAUGAGACUGCUAAUACCAAUCUCGUUAUUAAUGGGGGCGAACUGGUCGGCUCUUCUAUUGAACUCACUAAUCCUAAGAAGUUCUUGGUCGCUUGGCAAUUGGUUCCCAAGAAUGGGGAAUCUAGCGUGUGCGAAGAUUGGUUAAAAAUUAGUCAGCUCUCUGGCAAUCUAUCUGCAGGUGAAUCAACCCAAAUCCAUUUCGCAAUCGACCCGAUUGGAGCCAAUCGACGACGAAGUCAACUUGGAACAGACGAUUUGACGGAUGUUGUGAUCCUAUCAAUCACAGGCGGAAGAGAUGUGUUCAUACCAAUCAAUGUCGAAUUCUGAUCCUCCUUCCCUCCUCCUUUCAUUUCUUUCCUCCUUCUUUCUUCUGGCUAGUUCUUUUGAUUAUCUUCAGUUAUUUAGACAUCAGUAUGAACCGAUUGCGUAUCUUCUUCCCCUUCCUUUAUUUAUCGAGAAUUCUCAGCCUUAAUGUCUCGUUGAUCUUUGAAAGUUGUAAGAUUAUUUGUAUGAUCAUGAAACAUUAAUUUAUCAUCAACAGUCAAAGCCAUCAUCCCUAUAUUGAUUCAUUUGUAUUCUUCUUCUAUGGUACUUCUCAUCUCAUGUUGAAAGGUCGUGUUAUCCGAGCCACAUUGGGGGCCCUAUAUGUUGAAGUUUGCAAUGUGAGAGCC